UAUGAUUCGCUCAGCACCCCCACACCGGACACGCCCACUUCUGGAUUGGCCAAUGAACCUGAGCUUUUUAGGCACGCCCUUUCGUCCCUUCCACCAAUAGCCGGCCGACAGUGUCCUUAUAAUCCAAUCGUCAUUUCCCACCUCCGUUGAGUGAUAAGACAGCGGCCCAGUGAGCAGGACUCGAGUCGGGCUCCAGACAGGAAGCGUUGCAGCUCGCGUCCAGGGGCGCGACGUACAAGCCGACGGGCGGUUCUCUUCGCAGCUCGCGGACGCGAACCGGGCGACAGUGCCAUGGCAGAACAAGAUGUGGAAAAUGAGCUUUUGGACUAUGAUGAAGAUGAAGAGCCCCAAGCACCCCAGGAGAGCACUCCAGCUCCCCCAAAGAAAGAUGUCAAAGGGUCUUACGUGUCCAUUCACAGUUCCGGUUUCCGGGACUUUCUGCUGAAGCCGGAGCUCCUGAGAGCCAUAGUUGACUGUGGCUUUGAGCAUCCUUCAGAGGUCCAGCAUGAGUGUAUUCCCCAGGCCAUUCUGGGUAUGGAUGUCCUGUGCCAGGCCAAGUCUGGGAUGGGUAAGACAGCUGUGUUUGUGCUGGCCACCCUGCAGCAGAUCGAGCCCAUCAAUGGCCAGGUAUCAGUACUGGUCAUGUGCCAUACAAGGGAGCUGGCCUUCCAGAUCAGCAAGGAAUAUGAGCGCUUCUCUAAGUACAUGCCCAGCGUUAAGGUAUCUGUGUUCUUUGGGGGCCUCUCCAUUAAGAAAGAUGAAGAUGUGUUGAAGAAGAACUGUCCCCAUGUUGUGGUGGGGACACCAGGCCGGAUCCUGGCACUCGUACGGAGCAGGAGCCUUAACCUAAGGAAUGUGAAGCACUUUGUGCUAGAUGAGUGUGACAAGAUGCUGGAGCAGCUGGACAUGCGCCGGGACGUGCAAGAGAUCUUUCGCCUGACACCCCAUGAAAAGCAGUGUAUGAUGUUCAGCGCCACCCUGAGCAAGGAGAUCCGGCCAGUCUGCAGGAAGUUCAUGCAGGAUCCCAUGGAAGUGUUUGUGGAUGACGAGACCAAGCUCACACUGCACGGCCUACAGCAGUACUAUGUCAAGCUCAAGGACAGUGAGAAGAACCGGAAACUCUUUGACCUCCUUGACGUCCUAGAGUUUAACCAGGUGGUGAUCUUUGUCAAGUCUGUGCAACGCUGCAUGGCCCUGGCCCAGCUCCUAGUGGAACAGAACUUCCCAGCCAUUGCCAUUCACCGAGGCAUGCCCCAGGAGGAGCGCCUGUCCCGCUACCAGCAGUUCAAGGACUUCCAGCGGCGCAUCCUGGUAGCUACCAAUCUGUUUGGUAGAGGUAUGGACAUUGAGCGAGUGAACAUCGUCUUCAACUAUGACAUGCCAGAGGACUCAGACACCUACCUUCACCGGGUGGCUCGUGCUGGUCGCUUUGGUACUAAAGGCCUGGCGGUCACUUUUGUAUCUGAUGAGAAUGAUGCCAAAAUCCUCAAUGAUGUUCAGGACCGGUUUGAAGUGAAUGUGGCAGAGCUUCCAGAAGAAAUAGAUAUCUCUACAUACAUUGAACAGAGCCGAUAACCAUACGUGUAACCAAGGACCACAGCCACCUUUCCCACCUGCUGCUCCAGAUCCUCUUCCUAGAUAAUAGAUGGUGUAUCUGUAUCUUUUUAUUGUUCCAAAGCUGUAGUUAUGUAAGAAUAAAGUUUUAUUGU